GCAGCGCGAUGCAGCCGCCCCAAGGACGUGGCCAACGCGCACAUCGACGUGGGCAACGGCACGUUCCUCAACACCCACCUGCGCUACACCUGCAACCCGGGCUACAAGCGCAAAGCCGGCACCUCCAGCCUCAUCCAGUGCGUCCUCCAUGACGGCUCCAGCGAGCCCGACUGGACGCCCACCACGCUGCAAUGCAUCCGGGACCCAGCUCUGCGUUCGCAACCCACCAGCCCUGAGCUCCCGACCACUUCGCGCACCGACUGGACAACCCAGAGGGGAACCACCGAUGGUAGCUCAAAGUCCAGCUCCUCUUCACCUGGGCUGCUGGGAGCUGCUGACGGGCCGUCACCAGGGAUGCCCGUGGUGCCAGAGAUGCCCUCCCCACGGGAGCCAUCCACACCAGGCGAGGGGACAGCCCUAGGGACAUCUCUGGAGCCAACCCCGCUGCCCACAGCCCCCACCGACCACGCUGCAGGGCUCCCAGUGCUGGUGGUCGCCGGCGUCGUCGCCUGUUGCUGCUGGAGGAUAAAAAC